AUUUGGCAUUUGUGGCUGUGCAUCUAGUUAUUGAUAUGAUCUUUAUGGACGAAGAUUUGGAGGAAGAAAUACUUGAUGAUGUACUUUAUCCAAUUACAAGUGAAGUAUUGUGUGUAUUCCUAGUAUUGUUAGGAGGUUUGUGGUUUGAAAGAAAUCAAGUUGACAAAGAUCCUUCGACUGCAACUGCAAAUACAACUGUAUAUACAAAUUAUUACAUUUUUCCACGGUGGAGAGGAGUGAACACAUGCGGGCAUAUAUUUGGAGGACUAUUGGAUGAUUUUUGAGAAUAUAUGGACAUUUGUAUGCCAAUCAAUUUCGAUGAAAAAGUAAAAAACGAAAACUACGUUUCCAUAGUAAAUUAAGAAUAAAAAUAAAUAAUAACUAAUGACUUUUAGUUGAAAUGCUGAGAACUGGUAAAAAGAACUAGGCAAUUUUAAAAAAUGAUUUAUUUUCAAUUAAAAUCACGAAAAAUACCUCAAUAAAAUGUCAUUGUGUACUGUCAGAUUUGGACAAUUUCGAUUUGGUCUAAUAAUACCAAUUCUUCAUGCAUGUAUUGAAGGAAUUUUGUACUACUACAAUGACACCGAUUAUGAACCGCGAUCAGUUUUAUACAGUUUUGAAAUGGGUGGAUUACUUGGUCUUUUUUUGGAAGAAUUAGUUUUUGAUUGGGCACAGGAUGUGAAAGACACAGAGAGAAAACAGAAGGAAGAGCAAGAAGAUGCUGCAAAUAAGAAAAAAAUGUAUAAGAAAAAAGAUAAAUAUGUUGUUACAGUUAUUGAAGAGAAUGGAAAAAAGAAGCGUAAACCUUUAUUUAUAUUUCGGCGGUAUCCCAACGCAUUCAAACAAGUACAACCAUCAAACGAGGAUGAAAAGAAAAAAAGGAAACGGUAAUCUACGUAGAAACGUAAAAACCCAAAGAGGAUAAAAAGGUAAAAAGAAGGUAGAGUGGUAAAUUAUGGGAUUCAACUAUUAAAAAUGUUGAUUGUUUAUUUUAUUGUAUAAAGGGUGCAAGUCUUACAGACGAAAUAAUACACCUAUAUUCAAAAGUUAUGUACAUUCAUGCUGACAACUUUUCAGUCAUUAUUAAUUGAAAAUAAAUCAUUUAAAAAAAUAUGCAAAUAGUUUUAAUCUUUCAAAUAUGAUUACUAGAAGUAUGACAGCUAAAAGUCUAAAAGACGUCCGAAGUAACCCUGAAAGUUACAUCCUAUGGCCAUACCGGUGGUGUAAUGUACUGGAGUGCUGACAUAUGGGAUUGAAAUAUUAAAAAUGUUGAUUUUUCAUUAUAUUUUACUUAGAUAAAGGUGCAAGUGAUACAGAC